AUGUACCAGUUAACGGACGUCGAGAGGAUUCAAAGCCUUGAACGCGAGCUUUUCGCGCUACGCACCCGAGGAGGCGUCAGGACGCGAGCCCAGGCCCAGGUCGACCGCGACAGUCGGGAAGAUAUGCCCAAGGUCGACAACCACCACUCGAUGUCUCCUACCCCGGCGGUACCUCGAGAAGCGCCAGCCCACCAAGCCGCAGCCUCGACAAGACCUCGCACACCGGCGCCGGCAGAACCUCUAGUACACCCAUUCGCCAACGCCCCCGACGCCACCUACGCGCCGCCUCGCGAUCGCAACAUCGGGGCCCUACCCAAUGGUUCCGCAUUCAAGAAAGACGGUCCGGCAUACAAGACGACGGCACCCAUCUAUGAUGAGAAAGUCGCCUCGGAGGUCUAUAACCGGGCAAUGUCGACACAAGUGACGCUUACGCAGCGCGAACUCCUCUCGCUCGCCCCGGAGGUAAGAUCUCAAGUUCGCGAGGCAACAUCGGCAAGGAGGACACCUCCCAAAGACCCGAAUCAAGUCAGGACGUUAUACCAAGACGCGGAACUUCCCUACGCGAUCGACGACCUCGACCCACCGACAUCAACAGUCUCCUCCUUCGCGCACAUAAUCCACCAACCAGAGACACCUCCGCCGGGAUCUCUUGUGGUGCCCGAUUGUUACGAACAAUAUCUCAGCUCUCUCUCACCCGGUCAGAUUCCCCAACCGCUCGUCGUCGCUAAAGAAUCUUCUGCUUUAAGAUCGAUCAUACCCCUCGUCGACCACCAGCAACUUGUCGAGUGCGUCAUCGACCCAGGCUCACAAGUCAUAGCAAUGUCGGAUGGUAUCUGCAACGAGCUCGCCCUCAUCUACGAUCCAGAGGUCGUCCUCAAUAUGCAGUCGGCUAACGGAGAGAUCGACAAAUCCCUCGGUCUCGCGCGUAACGUCCCCUUCUUAAUAGGCGAUAUCACUCUUUACCUCCAGGUACACAUCAUUCGCAACCCCGCCUACGAUGUGCUCCUCGGUCGACCUUUCGACAUUCUCACCGAGAGCGUCGUCAAGAAUUUCGCCAAUGAAGAUCAGACGAUCACAAUAAGCGACCCGAACACCGGACGGAAGGCAACGAUCCCAAUGGUUCGACGAGGCCCACCAAGAAUUCUCUACCGCGACAACUCGGGUUUUCGGGACUCGAGGAAUUGA